AUGAUUGCCCAUAUGAACGGUUUGCCGGUGAAGGGAGGAGAUGACUCUGGAGCGUUUGUAAUAGAACUUCCUAAACCCUUGAAGUUCGAAGAAUUGGAGAAACUCGCAGAGGAAAGACAAAAAGAAAGAGCCGCACAAGCUGCCCCUUUCCUAAAAGAUGAACAAGAAGCUGCUGAUGCAGCAGCAGCAGCAAAAGCAGCAGCAAAAGAUAAAUUAAAAGAUAAAAGAAUUCAUUGUUGGGUUCUCGUUAAAGCUGGAAAAAGAAAUGUGUCUACAGACCUCUUCAUUGAUCCUCCUAGCGGGAGAAUAUACGAGCAAAAGAAGAGUCCUUUCCUGUCUGUUCAUUUCCUGUGGAACCAGGAUAACUUUUGGGUCAACAUGAGGCCCAAGGUCAAAGCCCAAGACUUGAAAUUCUCUCUCUCUAACACCCGCUUCUUUGAAUGCGCUCUUUGCAUGCUUCCCAAUCCAGAAGCUCGAGACUCACAGCUUCCUGAGUUUGGCUCCGAGCAGAAAAUCCAACACCUCAACGCUCUUCUGGCCCCUCCAGCUUGGAGCGAGCCGAUUAGGGCCGAUGGACUUGUGCGCUGCUUAACCUUCUACUCAGACUCUCGCCGCAACCUGCCGGAAGAAAUACGCUCUCUGGACGGUCUAGAGGAAAGAAUCUUCUGGCCAACUACAGGCAGACAAAUCGAAAGAUAUGCUGCAGGCAAUCCUCACGCCUUGCGAGAAGUCGUGACAAGGUUUGGAGUAAAAAUAUCUGAGGAAUUUGAGGGACGCGAAGAUGGACUAAUUGCCCAUUCGGUGAAAUACAAAGAUAUGACUGAAGAAGACAAAGAUAACGAAAGCAUCACUAGGGAGUCUGCCGCCUGCGUACAUGUCGCCCGCUAUCGGAAGAUGCAAAAGGAUUUGGUGUGGCGAGAAGAACAAGCUGCUGCUAUACAAGAGGCAUGGCGAGUAGAAGAGAAAAGAAGAAGAAGUCAGAAAUUAUUUAGUACGAUUGACGAAGGAGACUUUAUAGGAGAACAAAAAAUAGAUAGAGCUAUUUCGUGCAGCAUUUCAUCUUCUUCUCCUGCAGCAGCAGCAGCAGCAGCUGCUGCUGCUGCUGCCGCUGGAGUGGACUUGUUGGCACCGUACAUGAUUGCCUACGAAGACUUUGUGAAUGUGCAGCUGCGGCUGAUGGAGAAAGCAGCAGCAAUACAGCAGCAGCUCGAAGAGAAGCAGGAGCAACUCAAACGCAUUAAAGAACAUAUGCAAAGAAAGAUAAGAGAAGCACCACCAGGUAAUGCAGAAUUGCAAGAAGCAGCAAAACGCCAAGAAGAAUUAUUAUUUAAAAUAGAAAUAUCUACACAAAGACUUAAUAGACAUGAAACACAGGCAUUAGAAAAACUACACGCCCUCGAGUUGGCUAUAGCCAAAGACCCACGUCUCAAAGCCAUGUGGGCACUGCAUGCAGAGAUCUGCACUCGCCACUUUCGCCUUUAA